AUGGGAGUAAAAGGAUUAUGGUCUAUAGUUGCACCUAUAGGGGUUCGUGUUAAUCCUGAAAUAUUUACAGGAAAGAGAAUAGCAAUUGAUGUAAGUAUAUGGUUAUAUGAAUUAAUAUAUGGAAAUAAUUUAAAAAGCUCAAGAAAUAAUAAUCUUGACGAUUUAGGAAUGUUUAAUGAUUUAUGGCUUGAUUUUAGUGAAAAUAAUAGUGAUUUAAAAUUAAGUAAUUUAAAAAAAGGGCAUAUAUAUUUUUUUUUUUUAAGAAUUUGUAAAUUACUAUAUUAUAAUAUAAGACCGAUUUUUAUUUUUGAUGGUAUUCCUCCUGAAUUAAAAAAGAGAACCAUAUUUCAAAGAAAUUUAAAAAGAAAAAAUAAUGAAGAAAAAGUUAAGAAAACAGCAGAAAAAUUAAUAUAUAAUUACUAUAAUAAAUGUUUAUUAAAAUUUUUAAAAAAAAAGAAAGAAAAGAAAAAUGGUAUAAAAUUGUUAGAACAAAAGAAAGAACUUUCAAAUGGAAAAGACAACGAUAAUAAUCCUGAUUUAGUGGAAAAUGGAAAAGACAAAAAAGAAAAUACAGAUUCUUUGAAUUAUGAAUUAGAUAAAUUAGGUAUAAAUAAUUUAAUAGAAAUAUAUGAAAAUAUAAAAGAAAACAAUGAAUCGUUAAAUAAAAUUUCUGAGCAUGUAGGAAGUGUAAACAUAACCGCAAAAGAAGUAUUCAAUAUUUGUAAUAACAAUUCUGAUGAUUUAAAUAAAAUAAAAAAUAAUUUUUUUAUAAUUAAUGAUGAAGAUAUCUAUAAUGAAAAAAAUUCAAAAAUCUCAGAAGAAAUUUAUAAAUUGGAGAAAAAUAAACAAGUUAUAAAAAAUGAUUCUAAAUUACAAACAAACAAUUUUGAGAUAGAUACAAAUAAUGAUAUAGUUGAUGAUAUUUUUAUGACAAAAAAUAUGAUAAGAAAAAAAUACUAUGCUGGUAUACCAGAAGAUUUCAAAGGAUUCUUAUCUAUGCGAAGAACUAUUGAUAUUAUAGACAUAAAUAAUUAUAAUAUAAAUAUUGAUGAAGUUACAAAAAAAAUGAAGGAAGCUGAAAAAAAAUAUUCAAAUAAAUGUGAUAAAAAUGUUUUUUCAAAUAUAUCAACAGAAAUUCUAUUAAAUAAUGGGGAAGUAGAGAUGGAAAAUGUCGAAAAUGUUGAAAAUGGUGAAAAUGAAGUGAUUGUUAUGAAUUACAUUAAAUCUGAAAAUAAAAUAAAUUCAAAAGAAAUAAAUGUUUUAGAAAUGCCUGUGAAUAAUCUAUUUGUUGAUGGAAAAGAUGAAUAUAAGGUAUAUUAUGUAAAUAACGAAGAAAUAAAAAUUCCAUUAUUUAAGGAAAUAAAUAAAGAAGUAUUCGAGAAAUUACCAGUUAAAUUACAAUAUCGAAUAUUACAGGAUAUAAAAGAAGAGUGGUAUGCAGAUAAUAGAUUAAAAGCUAUAAAAUCCAAAGAUGAUAUGGAUAUAUUUUCACAAGUUCAAAUUGAAACAUAUAUUAGAAUGAUUAAAACAGAUUUUGAGAUUGAAAAGUUAAAAAUAAAAAUGGCAGAAAAUAUCCAAAAUGAAAAAUUAGAUGGAGAGUUAAUCAUUAAUACAAAUUUAUCAAAAAAAUUUAACGAGAAUUUAAAUGCUAGAAAUUAUAAUGAUAUUAAAGAUAAUAUUACAAAACGCCCCAAAAAAAAAAGAGGUAAAGAAUCAUUUUUAAAUAAAAUUUUGGGAGGCACAGGAAUACAAAAUUUUGAUGGAGUUUUCGAAAUAGAAGAAGACGAAGAAUUUCCUGAAAUGGAAAGCAUUUCAAAAGAAGUUGAAAUGGGCGAAAUUUCUGACGUGAACACGGUAGAUGCUAGGAGUGAGGAAUUUGAGAAAGUAGAGGCCACCAAAUUGUUAAACGAUUAUAAGGAAAGUUUACUAAUAAAUGAUAAGGAUUUAUUUGGAGAUGAUUUUUUUGCGAUAGAAAAUGAAGAGAUUGGAAACGUUGGUAGAAAUGAUGGGGGUAUUAAACAUAAAGAUAAUAAGAUUGAUGAACAAGAAGCAGAAUCUAUUUCAAAACGGGUUCAGGAUGGAAUCACAGAAGAUUCAUUUUUUGUUAUUGAGGAAACAGAAUUAAAAUCAGAUGAAUUUGUAAAUUUUGAGAUGAACAAAUUAGACGAAACAAAUAAUAAAAAUACAGAAAUAGAAAGGAGUAACCAGUAUAAAGAAAUUAUAAUAGAUGAUAAUGAUGAUUCUGAAAAUGCAAAAGGACAUUCCAACAGUUUGAUAGUUACUCCUUCUGAGCCAGCUAUUGAUGUUUCAUUGUCUGAAUCUUCUUCCUCAAGCUUUGAAUCGAUUGCUCAUGGGAAUGAACCGUUGAACAGUCUUUCCGAUGACGAUGUAAUAGUUUUGCCAAUCAAAAAGGAUAGUGUAAAAGAGGUAGAUAUAAAAGAGGUAGAUAUAAAAGAGGUAGAUGUAAAAGAGGUAGAUGUAAAAGAGGUAGAUGUAAAAGAUGCAGGACAUAGCCAAAAGUUUUUAACUAAAGAGAUAAUGAACAAUAUUCUUAUAAAAAAAAAAAUCGAUUUUAAAAAUGGGGGGGAAGGAGAUUUGCUCGAGAAUUUUUUGAAUAACAAGGAAGUGUUAGAUGCAUUUGGUGAAUCGAGAGUUAUUGAAAAUGAUGAUGUUAUUCAAGGACUGGAAGGAAUAAGUGAAGAUAUGGAUAAAGAAACAAUAGAUAAACAGCUAAAUGAAAAUCAGAAAAAAGGAGAAGAACUAAUGAAAGAAUAUAAAAAAUUGAAAAAUAAUAAUAUUACAAUAAAUGAAGAAAUGAAUGAAGAUAUAAAAUUACUUUUAGAUUUUUUUGGAAUACCAUAUAUACAAGCACCAUGUGAAGCUGAAGCACAAUGUUCAUAUUUAAAUAAUAAUAAUUAUUGUGAUGCAAUAAUAAGUGAUGAUUCAGAUGUUAUAGUGUUUAGCGGAAAAACUAUAAUUAAAAAUUUUUUUAACAAAAAAAAAACAGUAGAAGUAUAUGAAAAAAACUUAAUAGAAAGAAAGUUAGGAUUAUAUCAAGAUGAUUUAAUAAAUAUUUCUAUGUUAUGUGGUUGCGAUUAUACUGUAGGUGUACAUGGAGUUGGUAUUGUUAAUGCUUUAGAAAUUGUUAAAGCGUUUCCCACUUUUGAUGAUUUAAAAAUUUUAAAAGAAAUAGUUUCGAACCCCCUUAGAGACAUAUAUCAAGAAAAUGAUGAAAAUAAUUAUUCUGACGAAAUAAAAAAAUUUUUAAAUACUCAUAGAAAUUAUAAAUUAAAUUGGAUAUUUCCUAAAAAUUUUCCAGAUAAAGAAGUUUAUAAAUGUUUUAAAUAUCCAAAAGUUUGUAAAGAUAUUAAAAAAAUUGAAUGGCAUGCUCCUAAUAUGAAUAAAAUUAUACAUUAUUUAAAUAAAACCACAAAUAUUUCAGAAGAUAAAAUUUUUAAUGUUUUAGAUCCAAUAUUAAAAAAAUACAAUGUCAAAACUCGAAGCUACCAAUUAAGAAUAGAAGAUUUUUUUCCUGUUAUUGAAAAGAAACGAAAAUCUGUUGACGAUUUGAUAAAUACAAUUCGGAGCAAAAAAAAAGAAACUACCCCAAAAAAAGCAACUCCUAAAAAGAAAGUAACUACCCAAAAAAAAACAUCCAAAGAAAAUGGAGAUGAUAAUAGCGAAUGGAGUGAAAAUAGUUUGCAUCAGCUAGAUGUGGUAAAUGAAAUGACUAACCUGAUAGAUGCCAAUCCUUCUGGAAUUGUGAUAUCAAAAAGGAUGUCAAAUGCAUUAAAACACAUUAAAAAGAGAAAAGACACAAUUAAAAAUUCUGCUCCAAAAAAGGGUGCCCGAAAAGGUGUGUAG